UGCUUCUUUUAGAUUUUCUUGGUAGAGUUUGGCUUUUUGGUACGUAGUGGGGAGCUAAGGCUCUCCACUUGAAGCUUCUGUCAUUUUUUACUAAGAAGGAAUCUCAUCAGCGACGUUCGGGGAUUUUGAUCGUUAUCGCACUUGAUAGAGCUCCUUUGCUGGCGGCUUUAAGGGAUGGUGGCGAUGGCAGAAGAUGGACGUGUGCUGUAGAUGCUGAGGUUGAAGCAUCGGAAGAAAAAGCAAUCUGAAACCAGAAGACCGAAACAUUUACUUAACUCUGCGUGUGGCUUUGCUGAGUCUCAGAGGGACAAAGAACAAGAAGCAGUUGAGGUUUGCUUGGAAGAAGAAAAAAGGUUGUAAAAGUAAAGAUGUUUACAUGCAUAGCGUGUACAAAGCAAUUGGCGGAGGAGAGGGAAGUUGAAGGAGGAGCUCGUGAGAGUGGCACGCCGAGUACAAAAGAAGCCGUCAAAAGCCUGACGACGCAGAUAAAGGAUAUGGCCGUGAAGUUUUCAGGUGCCUAUAAGCAAUGCAAACCGUGCUCAGGAUCCAGUAGUUAUAAGAAAGGGCAGAGACCCUAUCCAGAUUUUGAUACCAUCUCUGAAGGAGUUCCAUACCCCUAUAUAGGAGGGGCAAGCUCAAGUUCAACUCCAGCAUGGGAUUUUAUCGGCUCCCAUUACCCGGCUGGUAUAUCAGACCAGAGAUUUGUUGGGCCAUUUUGUGGUGACCGAACUCCAAGAGGACGCGAAUCGGCAUCAGUCUGUGAUGUAGUUUUGGAAAAAGAGGAUGGGCCCAAGGAGUGGAUGGCACAGGUGGAGCCAGGGGUUCACAUUACAUUUGUGUCUCUUCCUAAUGGGGGAAAUGAUCUCAAAAGAAUUCGCUUCAGCAGAGAGAUGUUUGAUAAAUGGCAAGCUCAAAGAUGGUGGGGUGAGAAUUACGAUAGAAUCAUGGAGCUCUAUAAUGUUCAGAGAUUCAAUCGACAAAUCAACACUCCUACAAGAUCUGAAGAUGAGCAAAGAGAUUCUUCUUACUCGAGACUGGGAUCUGCAAGAGACAGCCCCAUGGGCUCAUCAUUAAACAAAGAAUGGACGCCAAGAAACUAUCCUAAAACCUCAGGAAACAGAGGGUACUACCCAUCUGAACUUUCGGAGCAGGGAGGAGGACCCCAUUUCCACGGAGGGUCUUCGUUCGAAGCAUCACGCACAACAACCUCUUCAAGAGAUGAACCUUCUGUUAGCAAUGGCAGUGACAUGGAGGCGGAAUGGGUAGAGCAAGAUGAGCCUGGAGUUUACAUUACAAUCAGACAGUUACCGGACGGCACAAGGGAGCUUCGACGUGUCAGAUUCAGCCGCGAAAGAUUCGGUGAGGUACAUGCCAAGAAUUGGUGGGAGGAGAACAGAGAGAGAAUACAAGCUCAAUACCUGUGAAAGCCUACAAAAAAGGUGGGAUCCUCAAUUUUGUUUUUCCGAUUUCCAGACUGUAACGAUGAUGAUGAUACGACUCCAGACAGUACUGGAGCGAGAAUUGAGUUUCCGCCGUUUUGACCAUGUCUCCAAUAUGAUGGUUCCGUCAGGCCUCCGUCUGUCUCUAUUUUCCCUACUAUGAUUGUUUUAUCAGAUAGAGUGGCUCUUGCAUUAAUUAUUGCCAUCUGAUCAUAAGUUUCCCCUCAGACUGUUAGCUGUACAUAAUUGAUCACAUCCAUAACUUGACCUCUUUCCA